CAUGACUUUUUUGAGAAAGCGGAUAUGGUUGGUCCGCCAUAAUCGUGUGGGUCUGUGCUUGUGUGGUUGGGGUGUAUUGCCGGUGCCAACCAUUAUUUUUAAUUAGUAGUAAGUUAUGCGUAUGAAUCCAGACAUGGACGAUGAUGAGAAGGGAAAACUGUUCGUGGGCGGACUAUCAUGGGAGACGUCGCAGGAAAACCUGCAGCGCUACUUCUCGCGCUACGGGGACGUGAUCGACUGCGUGGUGAUGAAGAACAGCGAGUCGGGCCGCUCCAGGGGCUUCGGCUUCGUGACAUUCGCGGAGCCGUCGCUCGUGAACGUGGUGCUGCAGAACGGGCCUCACCAGCUGGACGGCAGGACCAUCGACCCGAAGCCGUGCAACCCUCGCACCCUGCAGAAGCCGAAGCGUGGCGGCGGCUACCCCAAGGUGUUCCUCGGCGGUCUGCCCUCCAACAUCACGGAGACCGACCUGCGCGUGUUCUUCGGUCGCUACGGCAAGGUCAUGGAGGUCGUCAUCAUGUACGACCAGGAGAAGAAGAAGUCCAGAGGCUUCGGAUUCCUGUCGUUCGAGGAGGAGAUGUCCGUUGAGAGGGUCACCCAGGAGCACUUCAUCAACCUCAACGGGAAACAGGUGGAGAUCAAGCGCGCGGAGCCUCGGGACGGGUCGGGCAAGCUGGGCUCGGGCGGCAUGGGCGGCGGCAUGAGCGCGCCCGGCGACGCGCCCGGCGCCGGCCAGUGGGGGCCGCCCGCCGCCGCGCCCAUCAACAUGAUCCAGGGCCACAACGGCCAGAUGGGCGGCCCGCCCCUCAACAUGCCCAUGGCCGGCCCCAACAUCAUGCAGGGGUACCAGGGCUGGGGCACGUCGCCGGGGCAGACGUCGUACGCGGGGUACGGCGCGGCGGGCGGCGCGGCCGGGCCCGGCUCCUACCAGGGCUGGGGCGCGCCGCCGCAGCAGGCCCCGCCCCACGCGCCCGCCUGGCCCGCCAACAACAACUACAGCCAGCACACGCAGCCGCCCGCGCAGGGCUACGGCAGCUACGGUUCGUACGUGCCGCUGUCGGAGGGCGGGGAGAUGUACGGGCGCUCGGGCGGCGGCGGCGCGCCCGCGCUCACCGGCGCGCUCUCCUCCGCCGCCGCGCUCUCCAAGUCCUCCUCCGCGGACUACUCCUCCUACCAGCAGUACCCGCCCGCCUACCAGCAGGACCAGGGCUCCUCGUACGCCGGCUCCGCGCGCGCCUACAGCUCCGAGUACCACGCGCCCGCGCCGCCGCCCGCGCAGCAGCCAGGUGACGAUUACGAGUAUACUGGGGGCUCGGGGGAUGGCUACCAGCGGUCUUCGAAGCGCGGCUACCACGGCCACGGCGCGAGCUCGGGCUCCACUGCCGCGUCUUACCAUCCCUAUCGGCGUUAGCGACUGACCGCCUGACCGGGGCUCCGAGACAACGUGUGCUGGUGCUGGUAUACAAUACAAUCAUCUGACAACUGCUUGCAAAACUGUGUUUAACAUUCUCAUUCUUUAAGAGGAAAAGGGGAUGAUCUCUUCUCCAUACAAACGUGGUCCCUAUUUUCCUCUGUAGACAUUGACAUUAUGGAAAAUAUUUUUACAUAAUUUGAUGCAUAUGAACCAUAGCUAUGCCCCUUCGUUGGUUUUUAUUUUAUUUUUUGAUAAUUAUAAAAAUUAGGAGCGAAAAACAAAUUCCAUGCAAAUUUUGCUCCUAAGUACUCUUAUAGCAAUUAAAAUUUCGAGAAAAACCUAACGAAGAGGGCAUAGCUGUGGUUGAUAUACUAAGUACAUCAUACUGUGUCAAAAUGUUUUCAUUCAUAUUAAUAUCCAGAGAGGACUAUUGAGGAUUAAGUUUGUAUGGAAAGGCGAUUUCGCGCGGUCCCACUCUCGUCUUAAGGGUCGCGGGGCACUUGCCAUGGAUUUCCGAUGACCGGGUUGGGUUUUCCGUUUCACGAAAUAUCAGAACAUCGUUAAUAGACUUAACAGUAUUUAGUAUGUAAAAUUAACAAUUAAAUCUACGAAUACAAAUAAUUACAUGAGGUGACUAUUAGUCAACCCCGUUCGUUAUCGCUUAAAAAAAAAUGUAAAAGAGUACUUUCAGAAUAGUCAAACAUGUUCAAUGUUUGAUAUUUUUACACUUAAAGUCAACUAUCAAUGUCGAUUGUGGAAGUUUUUUUUUUUAAAGUAUAUAUUGGUAACGCUGUCCUGAUAUUAUAUAUACGUGGAACGGAAAACUACUGUUAGGAUGCUAACUAGGGUGGUAAGUGGUGGUGACCGCCCCCUUUCGUAACUGCCCAGUAAUUAAACGGUCUCCUAACUUUGUGCCCAAAAGCCGGGGCCGGACCUACUAAGACCACUAGUUCCAGAAUUAAGUUAUGAACAAUUCAAGUAAAAUUUUGCAUCAAUUGUAAGCCAUUUUUCUGGACAAAUUGAUGUCCACGUCAUGUUUAACUGUUUCAUGGAUAUUGUCCAUGUUAAAUCCAUAGAAAUGUUAACGGUUCUUUCAAAUCUUCAUCUGUUUUCAUCCAUCUGUACUUUACAGUAUUUUAAAAGCAGUUGUCAAUUUACGAAACUUGUAAAAUAUUAUUGUACGUACCCAUACUUUCGAUGAACGCAAUCAUUGUAUUUGUAAAUGUUGUUUAAAUGGGCGGGAGUGUAUAAGAGAUUCAAUACAAAGUAAAUUAUUUUGACGAGUCUGUCUGUUGAUGAAAAUGUACCUAAUGUUGAUUCUGCGCCGUCCCAUAUAUUUCAUGAACUUUAGAAAUUGUGCAAACGUUUAGAACACACGCUAUUGAAGCAUGAUCUUAUAUACUUCUUGUCUCGUAUUUUUAAGUUAGUUUAGUUUUCUUUUGGACAUACAUUUGUGUAGCGUGGAUGGGAUGACUAACCAGUGAAUGUUUAAACACAUACCGAAUCUUGUAUAAUUUAGAAUUGUUACAUAAAGAUAUUUCCUGUAAGCAGACACUAUUUUUACGAUAUGUUUGAAGCAAUCGAGGUUUUGUGGGUUCAUAAUUUUGUGACAUCACGUUUAAAUGUUUUGGGCGUUUAAUGUUGCCAAGAAAUGUUGAAUGAAUCGGUAUUUUUUCUAUCAAUAUUACUUGUAGAGUAGAUUUAAAAGUAACCAUAUCCAUGGUUUAGAAAUUAUUUGUAAUUGUUGCAUGACUUGCAUGUGUCUGAAAUGUAUGUUCUAACUUAAGUAAAUCGCCUAAGAAUCGUGUCCAAUAGACUGGUGGAGCUAGGAACGCAUUUAUUGAUUAAGAAAGACAACAUCAUCAUCAAUAAUGUUCCAAGUUCUAAUGACAUGAAAUAUCUAUUACUUAGGUAUUCCGUUUUUCGAUGUCUUACGACAUGGCCGAUCACAAUCAAAUGGUACCUCAGAUCGAUCAUUUGUGAUCAAAUCAGAUGUGUCCUCUGACGAAGCACUGGGUUCUCAUGUGUAUUUCUUUUAUUUACAAUAAAAGUAAUAAGUAAUUAUAAGUUUUAUUUAAAAUCACUGGCAGAAGACUGGCGGGCGCUCGAGCCUGCAAUCCUCGACGACGGGUAUUAAUAACUAAACGAUAUUUUUUAUAAUAAUCCUUUUAUUUUUGAAUCAUUUUAAACUACAUUUUAUACAACGCGCGUAGGUAUAGGCCUUGUGAAUAUAUUUAAAUACUGUACGAAUAAAUUUUAAAAACAUCGAUAAGCAUGUAAUUAAAAUUAAUGUUUAUAUUUAUAUCGAUGUAAUAUAAAAUAGAUUUAAUGUACAUUAUCAUAAAGUUCUUAAUUAAUUUAAUAGACUUCGGACACAGGUGAACAGGCAUAGAGAUUGCUGAUAGGUUUACAUUUAUAAUAUAGAAAUUACCCUAGAUAUACUUUAAUAUUACACACUAAAAUAAAGAGGUUUAACAGUUAGCACACAGCAUUACGUUACGUUAGAUUACCACUUCUGGACAAUGGAGUAGUUAGCCACCUACACCCUACACUAUUGUAACACUUAAUUCUAAGAAUUCUAUUUUGGCUUAGAAUUUUUUAACGUUAAAAACAUGUUCUUGCAAUAGAGUAAUAGAAUACGAAAAAUCUUAUGUAUAAUCUGAAUAAAUUAUGUAAAGAGAA